AUGCCGUUCGACUUUAAGAAAUACGACCAGAAAUGCCAGGGCCUCACGCUAGAGGAGCUGCAGCGGGAGUGGGAGCACUAUACGCGAUUAAUUUCCGGUGCUGCCACUUCCACUGCAGUGUCUGGCUGUGCUAUUCCCUUGACCCUUGGAGUUUCCACAAUCGGCGUUGCAAUGGCAGCACCAGCUAUUCACAACGCGCGCAAGAAGCGAGAGAUUAUCGAAAGACACCUUAAUCGACUCAACGCAACACAUCAUACCCGAAAGCGAGAUGUCCUCGGUAGCAUGGCUGUCAGUGGAACGAUCGGCGUGGUAACACUCGGUGUUGGUUCGAUGGGCGCUGAUGCCGUCGCAACAGCUGGUGCGGAGCAUGGCAUUCAAAGUAUUAUUGCCAACGAAACGGCUAUCAAACUUGUUUCUCAUGCUGCUCUUGAUGGAGCGGGGAUGGCUGUUGAACAUGCACAUACGGACCAUUUGAAGAAAAAAGAUGCGAAGAAGGCAUUCCAGAAGGCUGGUGUAUUUCAAGCUGUGCAAGAUGCUAAAGCUGCUGAGGCUGGGUAUUCUAUCCAGCCAUACCAGAACAAUGGGCAAUAUCCGGUCUACGCAGCUGCUGGUCCUUCACAAGCUUUGCCGUUACCUCCGCCGCCGUAUACUGCUGCUGUCGGCCAGGCACCCCCUCAACCGGCGUACAUUCAGAGUCCUAAUGUGUACCCCCAGGACUUUAAAGAUCCCAUGCUAGCUCAAGCGGCUCCCCAGCAAAACGGAUAUCUAGCACCAAACAUGACAGGACAGCAGACGUUUCAGCAACCUUAUGGCUACACCCAGCACCAACAUGUUCCGAUAUCCACUGCACCGUCGCCUAUGCCUUCAGUCAGCACACAAAUGUUCUCACCACCUCAGACUCCUGCUACACAUUAUCCCAUUCAGCACCAGGUUCCAUACCAACAGGGAGGAAAUUCCCCAUACAUUCCUGGUACACCUCAGACAUUUGACAUGUCAACGAUGCAACAGGCUCUUCCCAUGACUCCUGCCUCGCCUAACCCUACUGCACCACCAUUUCAACACCAUGCGCCGGCAUCACUUCCCCAAGGCACCUCGCGAAACUAUCAGGUGCAGCCCAGCCAACAACACUUUAUACCCCAGAUUGCCCAAGCAACUCAAGCUGGAUUCGUUCCACCACCACCAGCGACUCCAUCUGGGUACCCUCCAGCAAUCAUGACUCCCCAUUGCCCUACACCGCAGCCAGUACCUGCAUCUCAGGUGCCACAGCCUACUCCUCCAACCAGUGUACUUCAGAGUCCUGUACAGCAGGGCGUACAACAUCACACUGGAUAUCAACAAGCUACACCUGCCUACCAGCCGCAGACACAAGGACAACCAGGUUAUAUGUCGCCUCAGCAAAGCAACAUGUAUCAACAACAUCAAGCGCAACCACCAGUUGACCUAAAUAGGAGGGAAUCAGUUCAAAGCAUCCAAGCUCCUUUCACUCCGCACGAGUACAACCCGCAGCAUUAUGGGCCGAUCAGUCCGCAGGAAAAGACAAAUAGUGGCCCCGUUCAAUCGUUCGGUACGGCGUAUGUGCCAGCUCCGCAACCGAACCCUGCACCAAUGGCUUAUCAAAUGCCACCAACUCCUCUUCCAACAGGCUCAACUGUGGCUCAGUAUCAGUACGAUAAUAAAGGAUCUUACUUUCCAGCUCAACCUCAGACACCUCAAGGAACUGGGUACCCAUUGACAUCACCACAAGUAUAA